CCGGCUCACACCGGUAAUACAUAAUUUACUUCAUCAAUCACUCCUCUUUAUCCGCUGCAACCUUGCAGCUGCCUUGAGCCCAUUCCUUCCUUACUGGCGAUCGACUCCGUCGACGUCAGAGACCACAUUGUGAACGAUCUAGUCAAGUUUCCUCAUCAUCGACUGCAGCGACAACUGUGUGCGGGUUAUUGGUCGAACACGGUCAGCCACUUCCUACAACCCUUGCAACGACCACAUAACUUCUUUUCACCAGCUUGAUCCAAUUAUCAGCUCAACUCUUCACAUCGUACUAAGUAAUGUACGCCCACGCUCAGUCACGGCCAAACUCGUUCUAUGCUGCGGAUGAUGCGGCAGGCCAACCAGAUUAUCUCCCAGAGCCACCACGCCGUCGUCGCCAGUCCCGUACUCAAGAUCCCGACUAUGAUGACGAUGAACAACCCUUGGGACUCGCAGGUCAAUCGCCUGGUGCUGCGGAUGAGUUUUAUGGCGCCCAACAGAAUGGCAGCACAUCCUUCCCAACUCAACAGUCUCAUUCUCAAUUACCAUUGUCCCAGGGUCCCCUUCUAGAUCACUCUCACCUCCGCCCGGGCAACCAAGCCUCGCUACUUUCUUACGAGCGUACCCUCGAGCUAUAUCGUGCGAAUGCAAAGAAAACACAGGAUCCGGACAUCCAAUUCGAGUUCGCAGUAUUCAUGAUUGAUGCCUCGAAAUCUUUUCCCAUCCCGGCUCCCACCCCCGGAAAUGUUAUGGAAAUUGAAAAGUCAAUCGAAAAGCGGGACAAUCUCGUGCAUGAAGCUACAGGUCUCCUCAAACGCCAAGCAGACCGGGGACACCCAGCAUCGCAAUAUUUCCUUGCAGACUGCUACGCCAAUGGUCUAGGGACUUACAAGAACAGGCAGGACUUCGACCGGGCGUACCCACUAUUUGUGCUCGCAGCAAAGCAUGGGCAUCCAGAUGCCGCAUAUCGUGCAGGAACGUGCUGCGAGAAUGGAUGGGGUUGCAGGCGCGAAUCUGCCAAGGCUCUCCAAUUCUUCCGCAAAGCCGGAGCAGCGCUUCAUCCUGGUGCUAUGUACCGUCUUGGCAUUGCUGAACUUAAUGGCGAGCUCGGACUCUCAAAACGGCCACGCGAGGGUGUCAAAUGGCUGAAACGCUCUGCGGAGCACGCAACAGCCGAGUUCCCGCACGCCCUGCAUGAGCUUGCCUUGUUGCACGAACGGGGGAUAGACAACGUCGUGUUUGUUGACGUGGAAUAUACCGUGGAACUACUCGCACAAGCGGCGGAACUUGGGUAUGCACCCAGUGCUUACCGGUUAGGGGAAUGUUAUGAGUAUGGGAAAUUGGGUUGUCCCCAGGAUCCAGCCUUGUCAAUCCAUUAUUAUAACAUCGCAGCGCAACAGAAUCAUCGUGAUGCAUGUUUCGCGCUCACAGCCUGGUACUUAGUCGGCUCACCCGGUGUGCUACCCCAAUCCGACACAGAAGCAUAUCUCUGGGCACGCAAAGCAGCAGAUGCUGGGCUUGCAAAGGCGAUGUACGCAGUCGGGUACUUCUUGGAAGUGGGGAUUGGUACCCCGCCAGACGUCUCAGAGGCGAUGACGUAUUUCAAGAAAGCCGCAGAACUGGGUGAUAAGCGUGCCCAACAACGGCUCAAGGGCCCGCCCAUCGGACAACAAGGCGGAGCCAUGCGAGAAUCCGAUGCCAAGAAUGCAGCCGCCAACAAAGACUGCAUAAUCAUGUAGACUUGCAUCGUCUGCUUACAGCUUGUAUAUUUCACGGGGAAUCUGCUUAAUGUCGAUGUGUACACAGACGAUGGACUCGGAAUAAUGCCGGAUUGUUAGUUACAUUUCAUGCUGCCAUUACCCAUUUUUCUACUUAGUUUCAUUCCAUCUUGAUCUACCAAUACGUCAUUUUACCCUACUCUCAUUAACCAUGUCCCAUUUGCUCGACUUGCGCACGUAGAUCGAUACCCUUAGAGCUUAGUCCUUACGAAUUUGAAGGGUGUGGUAAUCACCUUUGCGUAGCACUAAUAACCAAAUCGAUCAGGU